AUUGGUUUGAAUCGGUUAACUAUGUUGCUAUGACGUCACGGGCACCUGUUUACAGUCAAGUGCCGAGUGGGAACUUAAAAAAUGGCGAGUUCUAUUACAGAAAAUUUGCUGCUUGUGACAGAUUCAUACAAGGUCACACACCAUCUUCAGUACCCUGCCAACACGACAGCCGUGUACUCGUACUUUGAGAGCCGCGGAGGCAAAUUUGCAAACACUGUGUUCUUUGGUUUGCAGUACAUCAUUAAAAAAUGGCUGACUGGUCAAGUUAUCACCAAAGAAAAAAUACAAGAGGCCAAGGAACUUUACAAAUUACAUUUUGGUCAUGACUAUUUUAACGAAGCUGGAUGGAACUACAUUCUUGAGCACCACAAUGGCUGUCUUCCCGUCAGGAUUCGGGCGGUGCCAGAGGGCUCGGUGGUACCCUACAAAAACGUUCUCUUCACCGUGGAAAACACAGACCCAAAGUGUUUCUGGCUGACCAAUUAUCUAGAGACACUUCUUGUCCAGGUGUGGUACCCAAUGACAGUGGCCACCAACUCCAGGUACCAGAAAGAAAUCAUUGCCAAGUUCCUUCACGAGACAGCCGACGAUCUCAAAUCACUGCCAUUCAAACUCCAUGACUUUGGAUUCCGGGGAUCAACAUCUGUUGAGUCUGCUGGUAUAGGGGGAGCCGGUCAUCUGGUCAAUUUUCAAGGAACCGACACGAUAGCAGCCAUUUGUGUAGCAAGAAAGUACUACAGCUGUAAUAUUGCUGGAUUCUCUGUGCCUGCUGCAGAACAUAGUACCAUUACCACCUGGGGGAGAGAUGGAGAAAAAGAAGCCUUUACCAACAUGAUGACCCACUUUCCUACGGGCAUCGUAUCAAUAGUCAGUGAUAGCUAUGACAUUUGGAAUGCUUGUGAAAACGUUUGGGGACAACAGCUGAAAUCUUUAGUGGAAAAAAGGGAUGGAACACUAGUUAUUCGACCUGACUCUGGUGAACCCACAGAGGUCGUUGUCAAGGUAUUAAACAUUCUGGAUGAUAAGUUUGGUCAUGUGAAGAACUCUAAAGGAUUCAAACAAUUGCCCCCAUAUCUGAGGAUCAUUCAGGGUGAUGGAAUAAGUUACGAAACAUUAACUGCCAUCUUGGAAGCUAUGAAGAAGCACAACUGGAGUGCAGAAAACAUUGUGUUUGGAAGCGGCGGAGCACUGCUCCAGAAGUUGAAUCGGGACACUCAGAAAUGUGCUUUCAAAUGUAGCUAUGCACUUAUUAAUGGAAAAGAGGUGAAUGUUUACAAGCAGCCAGUGACAGACCCAGGGAAGAAAAGUAAGAAAGGGCGACUGACCUUGGAGUAUAGUGAUGGUCAGUACAAGACUGUGGAGGAGGGGAAAGGAGACCCCAAAAAGGAUGUCUUUGUGACUGUUUUUGAAAAUGGAAAGUUACUAAGGGACUACACCUUUGAUGAAGUGAGGGCGAAUGCAGAGAUAGACCUGUUGAAGAAACCUUCCUAGAAAAAUUAUCCAAUUUAACCAAUUCCAUCAGAUAUAGUGAAAGCUGUAGAAAUUGAACCAAUAUUGUUUAAAUCCAACUGUUACAGACAUUAACAUGUACAUUUUAUGUAAUAUUGUGCAGGAACGCUGGUACGUGAUAUUUAUGCAAUUGUGCAAAGCAACUUGCACUUAUAUUUGUUCAUGGAGAAUUCAUGAAAUAAAAAAAAAAAAUCCCCCAAAACCAAUACCAUAUUAUCCACGCUGAGGCUCCCGAUCCAAGUGCUGACCAAGUUACCACCCCCAUGCUCCACCGCCAUAACUCCCCAGUCACAUCGCAGCAUAGAGCAGCUGACACUAUUUUGUAUAAUGUCAGUUUUCCCGUCACUUUGCAGCAUUGAGCAGCCGUCAGUAUUUUGAAUGAUGUCGGUAUUCCCAGAUUUUUGUAGUGAUAUUUUUUUACUACACAUUAUUUACAAUUUUUUUCUGUUUGUUUUGUUUACAUUACACAGUAAUCAAUUUAUUGUAUAGAAAGUUCACCUAUAAAAGAUAUUUAUUUUUUACA